AGUAUAAUAUUCGGAAUUUGGCAGGGUAAUUUCGUGCAUUUGCUUCUCGCGAAUCCAUUCGAGCAAUCAGAUUCUCGCCGGAGAGAGAAGAGCGACCGAUAAAUCCAGCGGAAUCGCCGGAAAAUAGCCGUCAACAUCGAGUUGACCGGAAAGAUAGGGAUAGCGAUGGACCCCGUGGACGAAUUUACCGGCGAGUUCGAGGCCGCCGGAGGGAGAUCUGCUAUGCCGAGGUUGUACAUCAAGGAGCUGGUGAUGAGGAACUUCAAAUCCUAUGCCGGUGAACAACGCGUCGGCCCGUUCCACAAGAGUUUCUCUGCCGUGGUCGGACCUAACGGGAGUGGGAAGAGCAAUGUGAUAGACGCAAUGUUGUUUGUGUUUGGGAAACGGGCUAAGCAGAUGCGGUUGAACAAAGUUUCAGAACUUAUUCACAACUCAACCAAUCACCAGAACUUGGACAAUGCUGGGGUCUCUGUACAUUUUCAGGAGAUCAUUGAUCUGGAGGAUGGCUCGUAUGAAAUUGUUCCAGGAAGCGAUUUUGUGAUUACUCGGGUUGCAUUUCGAGACAACUCUUCCAAGUAUUAUAUCAAUGAGCGAUCAAGCAAUUUUACUGAAGUUACCAAAAAACUUAAAGGGAAAGGGAUUGAUCUUGACAACAACCGUUUCUUGAUUCUUCAGGGUGAGGUGGAACAGAUAUCACUCAUGAAGCCUAAAGCGCAAGGGCCCCAUGAUGAAGGUUUUCUUGAAUAUCUCGAGGAUAUUAUUGGAACGGACAAAUAUGUAGAGAAGAUAGAUGAGCUAUCUAAGCAGCUUGAAACUCUCAAUGAAAAGCGGUCUGGGGUUGUACAAAUGGUGAAACUAGCGGAGAAAGAAAGAGACAACUUAGAGGAUGUGAAGAAUGAGGCAGAGACGUACAUGCUGAAAGAGCUGACGCAUCUUAAAUGGCAAGAGAAUGCUACAAAAAUGGCAUAUGAAGAUACAGUAGCUAAAAUUUCGGAACAGCAACAGAGCUUGGAGAGUUUGGAGAAUAAUCUAAAAGAUGGGCGAGAUAAAAUUCAGGAAAACAAUAAGGAAUUGAAGGAGCUUGAGUCUGUGCAUGAAAAACACAAGAAGAGACAAGAGGAUCUUGAUAAUGAGCUUAGAGAUUGUAAGGAGAAGUUUAAAGAAUUUGAAAGGCAGGAUGUAAAGUAUAGGGAAGACUUGAAGCACAUGAAGCAAAAGAUCAAGAAACUCGAGGAUAAACUUGAUAAGGAUUCAGCCAAAAUAAAUGAUUUGACAAAGGAGUGUGACGACUCUACCAAUCUAAUACCUAAACUUCAGGAAGAUAUACCAAAGCUUCAGAAGGUCCUGUCUGAUGAGGAGAAAACUUUGGAUGAAAUCAAAGAGAAAUCUAAAGUUGAAACUGAAGGUUACCGGUCUGAGCUUGCAAAGGUUCGUGCUGAACUCGAACCAUGGGAAAAGGAUCUAAUUGCUCAUAAGGGGAAGCUUGACGUUGCAUCAUCUGAAAGCCAGCUCUUGAAUGAGAAGCAUGAAGCUGCGCACAAAGCCGUCACAGAUGCUCAGAAGCACUUGUCUGACAUAUCAGGUAAAACUGAAGAAAAAAUUGCAGCAAUUGCAUCUAUGAAAGUUGAUUUAGAGAAGCAGCAGCAGGAAGCAGUGGAAACUCGGAAAGUAGAAGAGGAAUGUCUUAGAGAUCAAGAAUCACUUAUUCCACGAGAACAGGCUGCACGAGAAAAAGUUGCUGAGCUGAAAUCAGCAAUGGAUUCGGAGAAGAGUCAGGGUAAUGUUUUAAAGGCAAUUUUACGAGCCAAGGAGACCAAUAAAAUUGAAGGAAUAUAUGGAAGGAUGGGAGACUUAGGUGCCAUUGAUGCAAAAUAUGAUGUCGCCAUAUCGACAGCCUGCCCAGGACUUGAUUAUAUUGUUGUGGAAACAACUGCUGCAGCACAGGCAUGUGUUGAGCUUCUGCGGAAAGAAAAUCUUGGGGUUGCAACGUUCAUGAUAUUGGAGAAGCAAACUGGUCUAUUACAGAAAUCAAAGGAGAAAGUGAGGACUCCUGAGGAAGUUCCCCGCCUUUUUGAUCUUGUUAGAGUUAAGGACGAGAGGAUGAAACUCGCUUUCUUUGCGGCCUUGGGUAAUACUGUUGUAUCUAAGGAUCUCGAUCAGGCAACUCGUAUAGCAUAUGGUGGGAACAAAGAAUUUCGGCGAGUUGUGACUCUUGAUGGCUCUCUCUUUGAAAAAUCUGGUACCAUGAGUGGAGGAGGAAGCAAGCCACGUGGGGGAAAAAUGGGAACAUCUAUUCGAGCCACUGGCAUAUCUGGAGAAGCUGUUGCUACUGCUGAGAAGGAGCUCUCCAAAAUCGUUGAGAUGCUAAGCAACAUCCAUGAAAAGAUCGGUGAUGCUGUGAGGCGAUACCAAGCUGCAGAAAAAGAAGUUUCUAGACUGGAGAUGGAACUGUUGAAGAGUCAAAAAGAGAUUGAAAGUCUCAAUUCAGAGCACAGUUACAUUGAAAAACAACUAUCUUCCCUUGAAGCUGCAUCUCAGCCAAAGAAGGAUGAGAUAGACAGGCUUAAAGAGCUAAAAAGAAUUAUCUCAGUAGAAGAAAAAGAGAUCGAAAGACUUGAAAAGGGCUCUAAACAACUGAGGGAUAAGGCUUCCGAGCUGCAAAACAAAAUAGAAAAUGCUGGUGGGGAAAGACUAAAAGCUCAGAAAGCAAAGGUUGAGAAGAUCCAAUCUGAUAUUGACAAACACAGUACAGAGAUCAAUCGCUGCAAUGUUCAAAUAGAAACAAACCAGAAGAUGAUAAAGAAGUUGACAAAGGGGAUUGAAGACAUGACUAGAGAAAAAGAAAAGCUAGAGGGUCAAAAGGAGAAGUUGCGAGAAGCUUUCAAAACAAUUGAAGAGAAAGCAUUUACAGUUCAAGAGAAGUACAAAGAAACACAAAAGUUGAUGGAUGAUCACAAAGACGUGCUGGCUGGAGCGAAAUCUAAUUAUGAGAAACUGAAGAAGUCUGUGGACGAAUUGAAGGCGUCUCGGGUUGAUGCAGAGUACAGACUCCAAGACAUGAAAAAGAAGCACAAUGAACUAGAAAUGAAGGAGAAGGGCUACAAGAAGAAACUCAGUGACCUUCAGACUGCGCUUGAAAAGCAUAUGGAACAAAUUCAGAAAGAUCUUGUUGACUCAGACAAGCUUCAAGCAGCACUUGCAGAUGAUAACCUGAACAACAACUGUGAUUUGGGAAGGGCACUUGAAAUGGUUUCCUUAUUGGAAGCGCAGCUGAAAGAGUUGAAUCCAAAUCUCGACUCAAUCGCCGAGUAUCGGAGAAAAGUAGAACUGUACAAUGGUCGGGUUGAGGAACUUAAUACAGUAACCCAAGAGCGUGAUGACUUAAAGAAGCAAUAUGAUGAAUUGAGAAAGAGAAGGUUGGAUGAGUUUAUGGCUGGAUUUAACACAAUAUCUUUGAAGCUAAAGGAAAUGUAUCAGAUGAUCACUCUAGGAGGUGAUGCAGAGCUGGAGCUGGUUGACUCGCUAGAUCCAUUUUCAGAAGGCGUGGUUUUCAGUGUAAGACCUCCCAAGAAAAGCUGGAAGAACAUUGCAAACUUGUCGGGUGGCGAAAAGACGCUUAGUUCACUAGCACUUGUCUUUGCACUUCAUCACUACAAGCCCACCCCGCUCUACGUCAUGGAUGAGAUCGACGCUGCUCUAGACUUCAAGAACGUGUCGAUUGUGGGGCAUUACGUGAAGGACCGCACAAAGGAUGCUCAGUUCAUUAUCAUUAGUCUCAGAAACAACAUGUUCGAGCUCGCGGAUAGGUUGGUCGGAAUCUACAAAACAGAUAACUGCACGAAGAGCAUCACCAUCAAUCCCAGAAGCUUUGCUGUUUGCGAGAAAGCUUCUGCUUAACUUGAAUCACAUCAUCCGCUACAUGUAAAAAAAAUAUCAUAUACAUAUUUAUGAAGUUUUCCUCUCGAGUUAAGACGAGGAAGAAAGCCGCAUCUUUUGUCCUUUGUAAUGUGUUAAAAAAAAAGCUUUUAUUACAGAGGCUCAAGGAAGCAUUGACGUGGACGAUGAUGUGUCGACACUUUGUUUGCCACGUCAUCAUA